GGUGCUGUUGGAUGCGUGUUGGUGCCACACCGAGUUCAAGAGGGUCGACUCAAGACGCCAAAAGGAGUUGGUCUGUCAGUCCCAACUGUCUCCCCGCCCAGAUCGGUCCUGUUCUUCCCACCGCUCCCGUCCGUACCUCACUCUGUUUUACGUUGGGUGGGGAUUACAUCUACGCGCACAUAUUGAAGGAUUUUCUUUUAAGUUUUCCAUUCGAUCGAGAUGAAUUGGAAUUUUGAUUGAAUUGAAAUCGAAACAUUUCGGUCGGUCCGCUCGAGAUCCUGUUGUUGUUUAUAACCGGACCCGCCAGUUAUUUGAACGAUAUGAAGAAGCGAUCGAGCGUGGUGGCCAUCAAGACGGUCACGUCACGGCCCGUUUUGUUCUUAUGGUCGAUCGUCUCUAUUUUGGUGGCAUUGCUCUGUUGCUGGUCGUAUUCCCAGCCGGCGUGGACACUCCGCUCGUCCAGCGAAAUCGGAUCGCUCGACCAACAGCAUCAGCAACCGGCCGAUCUCCUCUCCUCCGCACCGGUAACUGCUACUGCCAGUGGUACCGGUGCUGGUGGUUCUAGUGCUACUGUUAGGAGAAGAUUGGAACGGGCCGUUUCCAUCCAAGUCCCGGCGGACGACGACAUUCAUUUGAUGGCCGACGACGACGACGGGCAAGUCAAUUCGACGUCGUCGUCGUCGUCGUCGGAAAUGAUGAUGAUGAUGCCCGGCCGCAGCGCCAUUCCGCUCGUCCAUAUCGGACUCUUUGGCAUGUGCAUCUACACUCGGCAGCAGCCGGAAAAGAGGCGGCCGGAAAGCAGCGUGACUUGCGUAGGUCACGCCGAUUUGGAUUACGAGUGGCUGCCACCCGCCUGGGAGGUGACGCGCGUUCUCUGCGGAGGCGGAUGUGUGAUGCUCCUGGCCUGCGCUGCCGCCUCGGUGGCCGUCGCUUUUGUCCGCCACCACCACAGGCAACAGGAGUGGAUCAAAAUCACGGCCAUCGUUCAACUAGCCGCCGCUUCGCUGAUGCUGCUGGGAUUGUGUUUCUACCCGUUUGGGCUGCGCUCGGAGAAUUUGCACCACUUUUGCGACGAGCGCUGCCAGCCCGGCUGGUCGUCGCUGGUCGCCGGCUUGUCCAGCGCAGCUGCUUUCCUCUGCCCCGUCUUGGCCACCCUCGUCUCCAACCCCAUCUACGAUCUCAACCCCUGGGAAGCUUAUCUUUUGCUCUGAAGCCAACUAACAACAAAACAACGUCUAUACACAGCACAGCAGGACAGCCAAAUAAUCUUUCGAGAAGAAAAAGAAGAAACGACAAGAUAAUGAAGUUGAACGAAGCUACUGGGUGAAAUGGGAAAAUUCUUCUCAUUUUGUAACAUAUAAAUUACAAACGUCAAAAAAAGAUAAAAACAAAACAAAAAAAAAAUGUUCUCGUGUAUAAAUGAAUGUCGAUAUCGAAUAACGAUUGCUGUGGGUGCUGCUGCUGGGGGUGGAGAGAGAAAAGAGAAAAUCAAGAGAGUCAAAUGUUAUCGGAGAAUGUCAGUGUGUGUGUGUAUCUUGUGAUGUGGGAGAGAUGAGAGAAUGCAGUUAGCGUGUAGAAUGUCGCCCCCCUUCCCGUGUGUGUUAUUCCGUGUGCGUGAUUGUCCAUCGCCCGUCGAAUUUGUACGACCGCCCCCCAAAGAGAGUCUUAAAUAUACAACAAAUACAAUCAAA